CCUCGAUAGGCCCUACCUGUAAUCCAGCUACUAGGAGGUUACGAAUUGUGGAUAUUUAUAGGCAUGCACUGUGGAUGUGAUACGCCCUGGUGUGGAUUAACGCCUGUACUAUUAUGGAAAUAUUACAACUGAAGGAUGUAAAAACAGUACCAGAUGUUAUACACCCUUACCCUAAACAAGCCAAAGAAGGGAAUAUUCCGAUAAUUAUUGAUAAUGGGUCUUACAACUGCCGAGUUGGUUGGGCUUUGAACAAAAACCCUCUUUUGACAUUUAAAAACUUGAUUGCUAAACCAAGAAAAGAAAGAGGUAAAAAGGACGGAGAGACUCAAGUAGGCAAUGACAUUUCCAACAUAGAAGCUGUGAGAUUUCAACUGAAGACUCAAUUCGAUCGGAAUGUCGUCACCCACAUUGAGGUCCAGGAGCAGAUCUUUGAUUACACUUUUUCCCACCUCGGCAUCGACACAGAGAGUCGAGUCAAUCAUCCAAUUGUAAUCACAGAGGCAUUGCUUAACCCCAACUACACCAGGAUGUUAAUGUCGGAGUUAUUGUUUGAGUGUUACCGCGUGCCGUCGGUGGCGUACGGCGUGGACUGUCUGUUUAGCCAGUGUCGCAACAGUACGCAACGGUCUAGCCUGGUACUGGACCUGGGCUAUCAGAGCUCACACGUAGUACCAGUGAUACGUGGUGCCGUGGACUGGACACGUGUGCGUCGUCUAGAUGUGGGCGGCUGUCACAUAACCAGCUAUCUUCACCGGCUGCUGCAGCUCAAGUAUCCGGCACACUUUGCAGCUAUCACGCUGAGCCGAGCAGAGGAGUUGUUACAUGAACAUUGCUUUAUUGCUGAGGACUACAAGGAGGAAUUAAAUAGGUGGAGCAAUGAAGACCAUUACGAAGAUAAUGUACGUUGUGUUCAGUUGCCAUAUGUGGCUGGACUGAGUGCCGAGCAGCAGAGAGAAAAACGCAAGGAACUCGCACGACGGCUUAUGGAGAUCAACGCCCGCAAGCGAGAGCAGAAGCUGGUAGAAGACGAGGAACAGCUGAACCAGUUGCUGGCCGUACAGGAAAUGGCUGAUGAAGAAGACGAGGAGGAGUUGCAGAACGCACUGAAGCUAUUUAAUUUGUCUUCGUUAGAGGAGUUACAAAAGACGAUAGAACAGACUCAAGUUCGCAUUGAGAGGACAAGACAACGAAUAGUGACUGCAAAUACUUCUGAGGAUCCCGGAAUAGAGGAACCAAAACAAAAAAUGGGUAAAUAUGUUUCCACGCCCAAAGAAGAGGAUUUUCAGCAGUGGCUUUCAGGACUAAAAAAGAAAAGACAGGAGAUUCUGGAACGUCGCACCGCUCGGCGUCAGCGACGACAAGACAUGGCGCGUCGGCGCACAGUGGCUGCUCAAGAGCGUAUGCGACUCAUCAACCAGCUCGCUCGCAAAGACAAGAAGGAUGAUGACUUUGGCAUGAGAGACGAAGAUUGGGAUGUUUACAAGGCUAUAAACAAGGAAGGAGGAGAUUCAGACAGUGACGAGGAGACAGAGAGAUUGAUGGAGGUGGAGGAUAUGCUGCGAUGUCACGAUCCGAUGUUUGGUGGAGACCAGACGACUACGCCAGGCGAGGCCCACCAGCUGCAUGUCGGUGUAGAGCGUCUCCGAGCUCCCGAGAUACUGUUCCAGCCAAGCAUGAUAGGAUGUCACCAGGCAGGGCUUGCGGAGGUUAUACAAUACGUACUGCAGGGCUAUGAUGAGCAGACAGCCGCUGAACUAGUCAGCAACGUCUUCCUCACCGGCGGCUGCGCCCUCAUACCCGGACUUUCCACCAGAAUUGUUAAAGAACUGAGGGAAAUGAGACCUUUCAAGUCGACGUUCUCAGUGCAAAUCGCUUCUGACCCGGUGCUAGAUUCUUGGAGAGGCGCUAAAGACUUUGCUUUCAAACCUGACUUUUCUAAGUAUGUUGUGACCUAUGAGGAGUAUUUGGAGAAGGGUGGGGAGUAUCUGAAGGAGCACAAGGCCUCCAACAAGUAUUGCCCGUCUCCAAUAGCGCUCAAGGUAGAUAAUAGCUUGCCUAACACUAUAGUUCAAGAAGAAGUGGAAGUGGAUAUGGUGUAGUGCUUACACUAUUGAAAUAUGAAUAGUGUGAUGGAAACAUUUUUUAUUGAUUUAUGAAAGUUUCUGUUUAUUUUAUUUAAGGAAGACUAUUAUUUUGUAACUUAAGUAUUGUUUAUAUUAAACUUGCAUUU